AACAGCUGUGUGACCUGUCCUGAUGGCUUCUUCAUUCUGUUCUGCAGAUUCAUUUGUGAACAGCCAGGAAUGGACCCUGAGUCGCUCAGUGCCUGAGCUGAAAGUGGGCAUUGUGGGGAAUCUGUCCAGUGGCAAGUCGGCCCUUGUGCACCGCUACCUGACUGGCACCUAUGUACAGGAGGAGUCUCCAGAAGGUGGCCGAUUUAAGAAGGAAAUCGUAGUGGAUGGUCAGAGUUACUUGCUGCUGAUUCGUGAUGAAGGGGGCCCCCCUGAACUCCAGUUUGCUGCCUGGGUCGAUGCUGUCGUGUUUGUCUUCAGCUUGGAGGAUGAAAUCAGCUUCCAGACAGUAUAUAACUACUAUCUGCGGCUCUGCAGCUACCGGAACACAGCGGAGGUGCCGAUGGUGCUGGUAGGCACGCAAGAUGCCAUCAGUGCUACGAAUCCCCGAGUCAUUGAUGAUUCUCGGGCACGGAAGCUCUCCAAUGAUUUGAAGCGCUGCACAUACUAUGAGACCUGUGCUACCUAUGGACUGAAUGUGGAGCGAGUCUUCCAGGACGUGGCUCAGAAGGUGGUGGCUCUACGGAAGAAACAGCAGCUUUCCAUCGGUCCCUGCAAGUCCUUGCCCAAUUCACCCAGCCAUUCGUCUGUCUCUGCGGCCUCCAUUCCUUCGGUUCACAUCAACCAGGCCACCAACGGUGGAGGAGCUUUUAGUGACUACUCCUCCUCUGUGCCCUCCACACCUAGCAUCAGCCAGCGGGAGCUACGGAUUGAGACCAUUGCUGCCUCCAAUACACCCACCCCCAUUCGCAAGCAGUCCAAGCGGCGCUCCAACAUAUUCACGUCUCGAAAGGGCGCAGACCCGGAGCGGGAGAAGAAGGUGCCGGAGUGUAAAGCGGACAGUAUCGGCAGCGGGCGGGCCAUUCCCAUGAAGCAGGGCAUUCUCCUCAAACGCAGUGGCAAGUCUCUCAACAAAGAGUGGAAGAAGAAGUAUGUGACGCUGUGUGACAACGGAGUCCUCACCUACCACCCCAGCCUGCACGAUUACAUGCAGAACGUCCAUGGGAAGGAAAUCGAUCUUCUGAGAACAACGGUGAAGGUGCCAGGCAAGCGGCUACCCAGGGCGACAGCGACAGCAGCACCCAGUGCCAGCCCCAAGGCCAACGGGCUGGCGAAGGAGAGGAGCAGCACGCAGCUCACGGGAAGCACAGGUGCCCCCCAUUCGACCAGCAGCACGUCGCUGCACUCGGAGCGCUCCAUCAGCGGCAUCAACCUGGUGGGCUUCAGCUCCAAGCCAGACGGCAUACACCAGCGCUCCUACUCCGUCUCCAGCGCGGACCAGUGGAACGAGGCUGUGGCCAUCCCCAGCAGCUGCCCCAACCCCUCUAAUGGCACGGCUGAUUCUCUCAGCUCCAGCCCGAACAUUUCCAGUGCUGCCAGCCCGAAGCUGGAACCACCUCCAUCACCGCAUGCAAACAGGAAGAAACAUCGCAGGAAAAAGAGCACAGGGACAACUCGGCCUGAUGGCCCCAGCACGGCAGCAGAAGAACCAGAUGAGCCAUUUGAGUUCAUUAUCGUAUCCCUGACGGGCCAGACAUGGCUCUUUGAGGCCUCAACAUCAGAGGAGCGAGAGCUUUGGGUCCAGGCCAUUGAGAGCCAGAUCCUGGCCAGCCUGCAGGGCUGUGAGAGCAGCAAAAAUAAGGCUCGGCUGGGCAGCCAAAGCGAUGCACAGGCCAUGCAGGCCGUCCGCACUGCACGUGGGAACAGCUUCUGCGUGGACUGCGAUGCACCAAAUCCGGACUGGGCAAGCCUGAACCUGGGCUCCCUCAUGUGCAUUGAGUGCUCUGGGAUCCAUCGUAACCUGGGCACCCACCUGUCCCGUGUGCGCUCCUUGGACCUGGAUGACUGGCCCAGCGAGCUUCUCAUGGUCAUGACGGCCAUCGGCAACGCCCUUGCCAACGCUGUCUGGGAAGGAGCAGUGGAAGGCUACCCCAAGCCCACCCCAGAGAGCAGCCGGUAAGGGAUGCGAGGGGCUGCGGAGAC